AUGUUGGGCCGACACCUUGUGAGGCUGAUCGCCUUGCUGUGUGUCCUCGCGGUACCAGUUCUAGCACAGGACUGUAGCCCCGAUAAGCCUUGUGCUACUGGUUGCUGCUCAAAGGACGGUUUUUGUGGAACAACCCCAGAGCAUUGUGGCGAAGGCUGUCUUGCAAACUGUGACUACAAGCUUGGAUGUGAUGCAAACAACCCCUGUGAAAAAGGAUGCUGCAACACUUUUGGCUUUUGCGGCCACGGGCCGGAUUUUUGUGGCAAGGAUGUAUGUGUCAACAACUGUGAUCGAAAAUCAGAAUGUGACCCUGGCUUCGGCUCCAGGUGGGCGACAAGCUCGUCUUGUCCGUUGAAUGUCUGCUGCUCUGACUUUGGGUUCUGUGGGACAACCAGGGAAUUCUGCGGAAAGAAAACUGUAAAGCAUGAGACUUGCUCAAAGGACCGAUACCUGUCCAGAGUGGUGGGCUAUUAUGAAGGAUGGUCCACUCGGCGCCCAUGUCAUCAGUUCUGGCCUGAGCAGAUUCCAUUGGGUGUCUACAGUCAUAUCAACUUCGCAUUUGCCACAAUCGACCCUAAGACUUACGAGGUCCUGCCCGCUCAUAACAGGGAUAAAGACCUUUAUAAGCGACUCACUGGCCUGAAAAGACACGAUCCCAAUAUGCAGGUUCUUAUAGCGUUGGGAGGUUGGACAUUUAAUGAUCCUGGUCCCACAGCCUCAGUUUUCUCUGACCUUGCUGCCUCUGAAACCAAGCAGAAGACUUUCUUCCACUCUUUGACUCGUUUCAUGGCCACAUACGACUUUGACGGUGUUGAUCUGGACUGGGAGUAUCCGGGAGCCGACAAUCGCAGCGGAAAGCCAAAAGACUACAAUAAUUUCCCUAACUUCAUGAAGAAUCUCAAGAAAGCUCUGGAUGGAACAGGAGGACGAAACACACUUUCUAUCACCUUGCCUGCCUCAUACUGGUAUCUUCAACACUUUGACUUGAAAGAACUAGCGAAACAUGUCUCGUUUUUUAACAUCAUGUCCUAUGAUAUGCAUGGUACCUGGGAUAAGGGGAAUAAGUGGACUGGCUCUUUUCUCAACGCUCACACCAAUCUGACUGAGAUCAAAGAAUUCAUGAAUCUUCUGUGGCGCAACGACGUGAAACCUGAUCAGGUGGUGAUGGGCCUGGCUUUUUACGGUCGCACAUAUACCACCCUGGCGAAUUGUGUCAAGCCUGGAUGCGUGUAUGCCUCGGGGGGUCUUCCCGGAAAAUGCAGCCAGGGAACCGGUAUUCUUCUCAAUAAUGAAAUCAUAGACAUUAUCAAUGAGAGGAAACUCGAGUCCAAGCUAUACAAGGAGGCUGCAGUCAAGGUAGUUACCUGGGAAGACCAAUGGGUUUCAAUGGACGAUAAAGAGACUCUCCAGUUGAAGACAGACUUUGCUCGCGAGCAAUGUCUCGGUGGAGUGAUGGUCUGGGCUAUUAGUCACGAUACACCCACAGCGGACUUCUCUAGGGACUUGGCCAAAGUGUCUAACCGGCAAAUAUCUAUGCAAUUCGACCAAGUUGACGACGAUACGUGGAUAGAGAAAACCGAACACAGCCAAUGUCGCUGGACAGAUUGUGGAGCGUCCUGUCCAGCAGGCUGGUCAAUGGUCGAGCGAGCGGAUGAUUGGAAGACGUACAAGGGUCAGCCAAUGAUUGAUGCCACCUUUUGCAUGGGUGUUGGCUACCGUUCAUGGUGUUGUCCGCCCGACUCACCUCUGCCAACUUGUGGCUGGUAUAGCUUCAACAAUGGUAGAUGCAAGGCUGGAUGCCCUGAUGGAAUGCUCGAAAUUGGCUCUACGAAGGCGGGAUGUCAGUUCGAUGCCUCUCAGCAGUAUCAGUCAGGCUGCUGUUCUCCUGUGGACGCCGAUGGAAAGGAGUUGAGCAAUAUGGCGAUAUAUAACACAUGCGAAUGGUCCCAAGAGUGGCCCAAUUACGAAUGGCACGAUGGCAGUGCCAUGGUACAUUUAAACACGCCUGACAUGCGUUGCUGGUCAGGUUGUCCCAAUGGCCAGAUUCGCGUGGCAAUGAACGAGAACGACAAGUGCCUUUAUGCUGGCGCUCAGGCACUUUGCUGCGACGGGACUGACUAUACCGAGCCGGAACAUCUUUCAGCUGAGCUGCAACAGUUUAAAGAGGACCUGGGUGAUUGGUUAACCAAUGUCAAGAGAUGUCAAUCUUGA